AUGACAACGAUUGUAUACAUGACACACAGACAGACUAACAUUAUUAGGACUCGGAGAUAAAAACAACAAGACACAAUGUCUGAGGAAAAGAAAGAUAAGGAAAAAACUGGGAUAGAUGACAGUGCUUUUGAGUCACUGGAAAAGGAUUUUCAGGAGGUCCUUCAACAACUUACCGGUGACCGAAGCUUGGAGAAGUUCAGGUCUGAAUAUGAGAAGCUUCACAAGGCUCUAAAGAAAUCACAUGAAAGUGAGAAGCGGUUAAUGCAAAAAUGUCGAGAACUAAAUGCAGAGAUUGUUGCCAACUCCGCAAAAGUUGCGACGGCACUGAAGCUAUCACAAGAGGACCAGAAUACCAUAACCUCAUUAAAAAAGGAAAUAGAGAAAGCAUGGAAAAUGGUUGAUGCUGCACACGAAAAAGAGACAAGGGCUAGAGAAACAAUUCAGUCUCUGAAAAUGGAAAUUGCCAACCUUAGCAAACUUGUGGAACAGGGAGCAGGUCUGACCAUGGGGCAAGAACACAGUGUGAAUGAGCUGUUAAAGAUUAAAGAGGAUCUGACAAAGGAACGAGAUGAGCAGCUUGGUGAGAUUGUGAAACUGCGUGAAAACCUUGCCCAGGCAUCAGCCCAACAACAGAAGUUAGAACAGGACAGAUCUGAGUGUGAGGAGAAGAUCCAGGAGCUAAGCCAGGACAUCCAGGUGCGCAACAAUGAAGCUCAGCGGGAGUCUCGCAAGAAGGACAAGACAGAGCGCGAGUUGAAGCAGGCUAAGGCUGACCUCGACUCCAAGUCUGGUGAGAUUAAGACCAUGCAGACACAAAUUGGGCGCUACAAGGAAGAUGUCGGCAAGCUGGAACAACAACUCAAGGAACAAAGGAUUCUGAAUGAGAGAGCUCUUAAGGAUUGCGACAUCCUCAACACAAGGUUCCAGAAACUGCAAGGUGAAUACGAAGGUCAACUCAUCACAACUGACCAGCUGACAGCCGAAAACCAGAACAGGGUGUCGGAACUUAAGCAAAAAGAGGAUGAGGUGAACCAGCUGAAACAGGAGACUCAACGCCUCAACAAGAUCCGAGAGACAAUCCAACGUAAGCUGAGGAAUGUGGAGGACCAGAAGGGUGAUGUGGAACAGCAGAAGGAGACCCUGAAGAGUCAGAUCAUUGGGCUGGAGAGAGAACUUGAGGCAUCCAAGAAGCAGGCUGAGCUGGACAAGAAGCAGAUAGAUGACCUUGUGAGGGAGAAGGACAUCCUAAACAAGAACAUGUUGAAGGCAAUCAGCUCCACACAGAAGCAGCUGCACUUGGUGAAGCUCCAUGAGCAGUCCAAGAAAAACCUUGAACAGGACAUCCAGAACUACAAGGAGGAGGCUCAGAAACAGAGGAAGAUCAUCUACCAGCUGGAGAAGGAGCGUGAUCGCUACAUCAACGAGGCCAGCGAUCUCACACAAAAGGUGCUUGGUCACAUGGAAGACGUGAAGGUUAGAGAGAUGCAGAUUUUCGACUACAAGAAAAAGAUUGCAGAGGCUGAGACCAAACUGAAGCAGCAGCAGAACUUGUAUGAGGCUGUGAGAAGUGACAGGAACUUGUACAGCAAGAAUCUGAUUGAGUCCCAGGAUGAGAUCACAGAGAUGAAGAGGAAGCUGAAGAUCAUGAACCACCAGAUUGAUCAACUGAAGGAGGAGAUCCAGGCCAAGGAGGCGGCCCUUGUCAAGGAACAUCUGGAGCACCAGCGUGUCGAGAAGGAGAAGGACACCCUUAAGGGCGACCUCAACAAGAUGAAGCAACAGGCUGCAGAAAGUAAGGCUUACAUCGACGCUCAGGAGGCUGAGGAGAGGAAACUCCUCAAGAUCAUCGCCGAGGCUGACGCAGAGAGAGUCAGACAGAAGAAGGAACUUGACCAAGUGAUCAGCGAGCGUGACAUCCUGGGAACACAGCUGGUGAGGCGUAACGAUGAGCUGGCUCUGCUGUAUGAGAAGAUCAAGAUUCAGCAAUCAACACUCAACAAGGGUGAAAUCCAGUACAACCAGCGUCUGGAGGACAUCAGGGUCCUCAAACUAGAGAUCAAGAAACUCCGCCGCGAGAAAUCCAUCCUCAACAAGAGUGUUGCUAAUGUUGAAGACCUCAGGCGAGAGGUCCACCACAUCCAGACAGAGCUGCUGCGUGAGCGGACUCGCUGUAAGGCUCUGGAGGAGGAGCUGGAGAACCCCAUGAACAUCCACAGAUGGAGGAAGUUAGAGGGCAGCGAUCCAAGCACCUACGAGAUGAUCCAGAAAAUACACACCCUCCAGAAACGUCUCAUCUCUAAGACCGAGGAGGUGGUGGAGAAGGAACUACUGAUUCAAGAGAAGGAGAAACUUUACUUAGAGCUGAAACACAUCCUGGCCAGACAGCCAGGACCCGAGGUGGCUGAACAGCUCCAGAUCUACCAACAAACACUCAAGGAAAAGACAAAACAGAUGAAAUCAAUGUCUUCUGAACUGAAUAUGUACGAGUCCCAGGUGAACGAAUACAAAUACGAAAUAGAGAGAAUAGCGAGGGAAUUGGUGGAAGUCAAGAAAAAGUACUUUAUGCAGAAAAAGAAGGAGCAACAGACAAAGGAGAGGGAGAGAGCUAUAAACCAGGCCGGAGGUCCCAUUAUACAACCCCAGCGAACGGAAGGUCCUCGCUUCACGGGCGGGGGAUUCAACCUCAAGUCUACAAAGACUGCCGCAUGACAUGCCUAAAAGUGCUCACCAUUCUGUCAGAUAUAAACUGUCUACACUUUAUACGAAAAACACUGCUAUCACCACAGGAUUGUUUCAAGAUGUUAAUUGGAUAUCAUUAAGAAUAACUGCAUCAGUAAUAUCAUUAAGUUAUGAAUAAAUGAUGCAAUAAAAACGAACAUUUCUAUGAGACCCACAUUGAAUAUCAAUGUUCUGUUUAAUAAUAUUGUAAUUUAAGAAGAAGUGUAUUUAUCAAAAUUUCACCAGCAGACUGUGAUAUGUUACUGAUUUUGUAUGCUUUAGUAUGAAAUCUGCUUAAUAAAUUCUUUUAUGUACACAU